AUGCGUUUGGGAUAUGUGGCCUCUAGUAUCAGGACCCUGCCAAUUCCUACAGUGGACUGCAUGGAUCGUGCUGCCUUGGGCUCCAAUAAGAGCUUAAAAGUUUUCUUCCAAAAUAUAUCUGGAAUGCGGACCAAAUCGCGCAUAGUGCUUUUGAAUUCUUCAGUCUGUGAUUUUGAUGUAAUCGUUCUCGUGGAAACAUGGCUCAAUAGCAACUUUAGUUCCUCCGAGUUCUUUGAACCCAACUUGUUUCAAGUAUUAAGAAAAGACCGUGAUUCAUCCAGCACCCAUUGUGAGCGAGGAGGUGGUGUGAUUAUCGCUAUCCGCCGAUCCAUGUUGGCCACAGUGGUUAGCCUUAAGGUUGGCGACCCUAUACUGGACCAGCUAGUCGUCUCAAUCCAGGGCAUUCAGGGCCCUUUCAUCAUCAUUGCAUCGCUUGCGCAGUUUGAAAAGGAGAUGGAAAAAAAGCAGAUCGCAAUUGCCGGCAUAAGCGAGAUGAGGUGGAGAGGCAGUGGGACGACAACAACAACACACGGCAAUCUAGUAAUGCACAGUGGGAGCAGUGAUGGGGGCAGGAAUGGAGUAGGAAUAUACGUGUCAAAGCAAUACAAACAGACACUUAUCACCUGGAAUCCGGUAUCCGAAAGAAUCAUCACUGCAAGAUUCCGAUGCAACGCUAGGCACAUUACCAUCGUGCAAUGCUACGCCCCGACAGAAGACGCCAGCGAUGACAUCAAAGACGACUUCUACAAUGCCCUCACAUCUUCACUAACCAAGAGCAAACGAGGUGAUAUUAAAAUUCUCAUGGGAGAUUUCAACGCGAAAUUAGGCCCCAAAAACAACGGAUUGGAAGCAAUCAUGGGCCGACACGGUGUGGGAACACGUAGCAACAACGGCGUCAGGCUGGCCGACCUAUGCCAGACAUUCCAACUGGUCAUUGGUGGCACUGUAUUCCCCCACAUGGAAGUGCACAAGUACACGUGGACAUCACCGAGUGGGCAUACACGCAACCAAAUUGACCAUCUGUGCAUAAGUAGGAAGUGGAGACACUCCCUUAGCGAUGUACGGAACAGGAGAAGUGCGUCAAUUGACAGUGACCAUGAACUACUAGUCGGAGAGCUUUUAAUCAAGCUCAGACGAAGUCACACGGCCACCAGAAGAAGCACAAGAAGACCACCCCCCCUGAACUUACACCGACUUGGAGACCCUGUCAUAUCCACCAGAUUGGCAACAAUGCUACGUGAACAGCUAACACCGCAGCAGAAUCACACCUGGGAACACACAUGCAGCACACUGAGGAGCACUGCGGAGGGUUUGCUUGGCACCCGACAACGCAGGAGCACAGACUGGAUCUCGACACGCAAAUGGGAGCUUAUCAGUAGAAGAAAUUCCCUCAAGUCGAAAGCGGAUCACGACUGCAGAGCCCGGGAUGAAUACAAGGAACUCUGCAAGCUAGUGAAGAAAUCAGCCAGAAAUGACAAGAGAGCACUGAUAGAUAGGCUUGCAGAAAAUGCAGAGAGCGCCGCCAACGCGAACAACAUGCGCUCACUAUACCAAACAAUCAGUAAGCUAUCUGGAAGCUACCAAAAACAGAACCAUCCAGUACGAGAUGUCAACGGAACACUCCUUGUCGAUGAUGAUGCCCAGAUCCGCAGAUGGCGACAACACUUCUUAGAAAUCAGCCACACAGAGCAUGCGAGCAGCGCAGAUGACGACUUCAGAAGUAUUGUACCCAACACCAACACCAGAAUUCCUCACACGACACCAUCUGUUAGAGAAAUUCGUGAUGCAAUCAGGAAAUUGAAGAACAACAAAGCAGCCGGAGAGGACGGUCUACCCGCAGAACUGCUCCAAGUUGUCACGCUUCUAAUGGCCGAAACGUUGCACCCACAUUUCGAGAGCAUAUGGGAGAACGAGCGAAUCCCCCCAUCCUGGAAGAAAGGCAUCAUCGUAAAACUACCGAAGAAGGAGACCUCAGUGAUUGCAAUAAUUGCCGAGGAAUCACCCUGCUGA